GCCUGGAGUAGAUCAUAAAAAACUUUGAUGACCAGUUCAGCAGUCCGGAAGAGUAUAGGCUACAGUAUCUGAUCAUGGAUACAGAUCAAAGCAACAAUCAUGUCCAAGUCCUUGCCGAAGACAGUUUGGAGUUUAGGCUCCUGAUGGCGUACACACGCAAGAGACGACCCACAGACUCUCGUCUGCAGAAGGACAGGACAGAGGAAAAGACUUUAACAACAGAAGACUGUGAUGUACGCAGUAAAAAGAAAAAGAAAAGUUUAAAUAAAAGGAUUUCUGGGUUGUUCAUGUGUGUUAAACCCCAAGCAAAAAAACGCUUGGAUUCCGAACACAUGAAAGGGCCAGCAAUGGUAAGAGGUGUCUCAGAUGUCUCCGUUGUCUCAGAUGCUGAGAAAGUGGAGGACAUGGCCAGUCAAUUAACAGAGAUAUCAAACUCUGUGCACUUGGACCCAUGUGACAUAGAAUCUGAUGGUGAAGAUGACCCUCUCAUCCAGAAAAUUGUGGAGCUCCUAAAAGUACAUGGGGAUGAGCUGAAUGAAAAGAUCAUGGCAGACAAGGCCUUGAGUGAAUCUCUGGCUUCCUCGCUGUCGUACGGCUUCUUUACUACAGUGAUGGAUUCAUUCUGCACAAGUGCUACCCGAGAGCUGCCCCCACAAGAAGAAGCUGAGAAAACCGAAGUAGCUCUAAUCUGUGAAGCCACCAGUAAGCUCUUCGGUGUAGACCACCAUCCAAUGAGACGAGUGCUUGGCUUUGGUGCCAAGUAUUUACAGGAAAAAUUCCCCAACUGGAUUAGCAUAAACAUAGGCCACGUAGAAGAUGAGGAAGAAGAUGAAGAAGAGAUUGAAUGAGGAUAGAAGAAGUUCUCCUCACAUUGCUUGUGUUUCUCAGGGGGCACGGUCACUUUAUUUGUGUGGGAUAAAAACUUUUAUUCAGUAUGUCAUCAUGAAUGAUCGUGUAAGUUUUUUCCACCUGAACAAGCUGAUAAAGGCAAUAAAAACAUUAAGAAUGACAACAAUACUGCCUCAGAAAAGAAACAGGGGUAGGCUACUUUAUAAUAAGAAGGUUUUUUUUCAAUUCUUGUACUUUUUAUUAUUUUAUACAUACUUAAUUUUGUUAAAAUUGCCUAAAAGAAUUGUUUGAUAUUUAUUUUCACGAGUUUCUUUUAUAUGAAUUUUGUUAUAUUUAAAAGAAUCAAUUGUUUGUAUAACUUUUUCAAUUAAUAAAAUGAAAUAAAAUCUCUCA